AUGGAAGAAGAGUUCGAUAUUCCCGGUGGCGAGGAAAUGGAUCUCGGCGAAGACAAGGUUGGCGAGGAGAGGGAGAUCGGCUCCGACGGCCUCAAGAAGAAGCUCCUCAAGGAAGGUCAAGGCUGGGAAACCCCCGAAGUAGGCGACGAAGUUCAAGUUCAUUACACCGGGACUUUGCUCGAUGGAACGAAGUUCGAUUCAAGCCGCGACAGGGGUUCUCCUUUCAGCUUCACGCUCGGACAAGGGCAAGUAAUUAAAGGAUGGGAUGAAGGUAUCAAAACAAUGAAGAAAGGUGAAAAUGCUAUUUUCACCAUCCCUCCUGAGCUAGCAUAUGGUGAAUCUGGUUCCCCUCCAACAAUUCCUCCUAAUGCUACACUCCAAUUUGAUGUUGAGCUACUUUCAUGGAGUAGUGUAAAGGACAUAUGCAAGGAUGGUGGUAUAUACAAGAAGAUACUUAUCGAGGGAGAUAAAUGGGAGAACCCUAAGGAUCCUGAUGAAGUAUUGGUUAAAUAUGAAGCUCAUCUGGAAAAUGGAAAGCUUGUAGGAAAGUCUGAUGGAGUGGAGUUCACAGUCAGAGAGGGUCAUUAUUGUCCUGCAUUGUCAAAGGCCAUUAAAACCAUGAAGAAAGGAGAAAAAGUGGUUUUGACAGUUAAGCCACAAUAUGGAUUUGGUGAAAAGGGAAAGCCAGCACAGGGUGAUGAAGUUGCUGUUCCACCAAAUGCAACAUUGCAGAUUACUCUUGAAUUAGUUUCUUGGAAAACUGUUUCAGAAGUAACUAAUGAUAAGGUCAUAAAGAAAAUUAUCAAGGAAGGGGAAGGAUAUGAGCGUCCAAAUGAGGGGGCCAGUGUGAAAGUGAAACUAAUUGGAAAGCUUCAAGAUGGUACUACCUUUUUGAGAAAGGGCCAUGAUGAAGAAGAGAAGCUGUUUGAAUUCAAAACAGAUGAGGAACAAGUUGUUGAUGGACUUGAUAGAGCUGUAUUGACUAUGAAGAAGGGUGAGGUUGCAUUGUUGACCAUUGCACCUGAGUAUGCUUUUGGUCCAUCAGAGUCUCAGCAGGAGUUGGCUGUGAUUCCUCCAAACUCAAUUGUGUAUUUUGAAGUUGAGCUUGUGUCAUUUGAGAAAGAGAAAGAGUCCUGGGAUCUGAACAAUGAAGAGAAACUUGAAGCUGCUGCUAAGAAGAAAGAAGAAGGAAAUGUGUUGUUUAAAGCUGGUAAAUAUGCAAGAGCUUCCAAAAGAUAUGAAAAGGCUGUGAAGUACGUAGAAUAUGAUACCUCCUUUGGAGAGGAGGAGAAAAAGAUGGCAAAGACCUUGAAGGUUGCCUGUAAUCUGAACAAUGCUGCUUGCAAGUUGAAGUUAAAAGACUAUAAAGAAGCAGAAAAAUUGUGUACCAAGGUGUUAGACCUUGAGAGUACAAACGUGAAAGCCCUUUAUAGAAGGGCCCAAGCAUAUAUGCAGCUGAGUGACUUGGAUUUGGCUGAACUUGACAUUAAAAAGGCUCUUGAAAUUGACCCUAACAACAGAGAUCUCAAAUUGGAGUACAAGACUCUGAAGGCAAAGGUGAAAGAGAAUAAUAGAAAGGAGGCGAAAUUUUAUGGAAAUAUAAUCACUAAGUUGACAAAGAUUGGUUCCUGA